GGGGUUAGAGAGAAAAAAGUAAAUAAAUAAGCUCUGAAAUAAGUUUCAUUUAAUUAUGUCUAAGCAUUCCUUAACAAACUCUAUAGAUAUAAUCAUUGGAAAUCAAAACUAUCAGAAAGCUGGCAGGAUUUUUUUAAAUCAUUAGAUAUAACUGAAAUUGCUAAUCUUUUGGAUUGUAAAAAGAUAAAAACUGCAAUUCCACCUUUAUCAUUAAUAUGCCUACAAGAAAUAAUAAAAGAAUUUUCAGUUACCAGAAAGCAACAGAUAAUAAAAGAUAGCAUUAGUCUGAAUAAACAAUUGGAGAAACUUCUCUGGAAAAGUGUUAAAUUAAAAAAGAGACACGAAAUAGAGAUAAUGUCUAAAAUUUGUUAUCAAUCUGCUUUGAAAACAAACUGCUUUAAUAUAGUUGAUGUAGGUGCUGGGGUAGGCCAUUUAAGUCGAAUGCUUGCCUACCAAUAUGGCUUUUUAGUUUCUACCCUUGAAGCCAAUGAGCAACUGAAUCAAAUGGCUUAUAAAUUAGACAUGGAAUUAGAAAAUAAACUCUUACGAAAAGGUAUUUCUCAUUCAAAUCCUAAGAGAAUUCUCCAUUUUAAUUACAGAGUUGAUGAAUCUACAACUAGCAGCCAAAUAAUGUCAAUAAUAAAAGAAGCAUUUCAGAGUGACAAUGGUCAGUUCAAAUUUGGAAUAGUUGGACUUCAUCCUUGCGGAAAUCUUGGAUCAAUGUUACUCAAGUUGUAUAAUAAUUGUUCAAAUAUUUCUUUUAUUAACAUUGUAAGUUGCUGUUACAUGAAGCUAAGCUUCGAAUCAAACUUGUUCACAGGAUACCCUUUGAGCCAUGUUUGCCUUAAAAAACAAUUUAAACUAGACUAUUUAUCAUGCGAAACUGCUUGCCAUGCCAUUGAAAACUAUGUAAGCAAACUAAAAACAGAAAACCACCAUCAUUUGAAAAUUCAUGCAUUUAGAGCUGGCCUAGAAACUAUAUUGGUAAAUAUAAAUCUUGAUUUAAAACAUUCUGCUGUAGGAAACGUAAAGUAUGAGGAAAACAUGACUUUCGAAGAGUAUUGCGAUAGAGCUUUAAAGAAAAUGAACGUACAAAUCCCAAAAUCCAAGAUGAAAGAUGUUGAGAAAAUGGUGGAGGCGUCUUGGGAAAAAGUUGUUAAAUUUUAUUCGGCGAGACUGUUCUUGGCUCCUCUAGUGGAAUCGAUAAUUUUAUAUGAUAGAUUAUUGUAUUUAGCUGAAUCAAAUAGCCACUGUAAUAUUGUACCUGUUUUUGACUGUAAAAUUUCACCGAGAAAUCAUGUUUUAAGGGCUGAAAAAAUAUUUGCAAAGGAAUAUUGAAAAUCAAGAAAUAAAUGUUUUUUAUUUGAAA